AUGGCGCCGUCAAAUGACGAGAUCGAGCAAGCCCUGCUUGAUGCCACUUAUCAAGUCUAUCAAUCUGACCCAGACGACACUACCGUCAACAAAGUUCGCAAACAAACCGAAGAGAAUCUCAGCCUCGAGGAUGGCUUCCUAUCGAGUGACGACUGGAAGAAGAAGAGCAAGGAGCUCAUCAAACAGAGAGUCGAAAAACUCAUGGAUGGGUGGAAACCAGAGGAAAAGUAUGAGGCUGGAUCAGAUGGAGAAGAUGAGGUUAGCACUGGCAUGAAGCGCUCUUCUCCAGAGGCCGAGUCCCCGCAACCAAAGCCUAAGCGUCAGAAGCGCGCACCCAAAGCAAAGCCUACGCCUAAACCAAAACCAAAAUCAAGCAAGGCUGCCAAGAAGGAAGAAUCUGAUCCAGAGUCUGAGCUUGGUGAAUCGAGCGAGCUUAGUGAGUUGAGUGAUCUGAGUGAAGAGGAGAAACCCCAGAAGAAGCGAAAACAAGCGGCGCCGAAGAAAGCGCCACCAAAACCCAAGUCCAAGAAGGCCGCUGUUUCAGAAGAUGAGGAUGAAGAUGUCGCCAUGGACCUUGAUGCUGGAACUCUAGAAAAGGGCCAAGAGACUAAGAACGGCGGAGAAGAAAAGACACCCGCAGAAGAAACAGAGAACAAACCGAUUGUUGACGAGGAAGAGGAGUAUUCGGAUGUGAUCGAUGAGCCUCCAAAGCCCAAGCGGAAGAAGAAGGAAAAGAAGGAAGGCGCAAGCAAGCCAGCAAAGGCGCCCAAGGCCGCCGUGAAAAAGAGUUCUACGUCAGACGACCCGAACACUGAAGAAAUCAAGAAGCUACAAGGCCAUCUUGUCAAGUGCGGUGUUCGAAAGCUCUGGCACAACGAGCUAAAACAGUAUGGCGACGAUGCCAAGGCCAAGAUUCGCCAUCUCAAAAAGAUGCUCGCCGACAUAGGAAUGGACGGCCGCUUUUCAGAAUCCAAAGCCCGCGAGAUCAAGGAACGGCGCGAACUCCUCGCUGAAGUCGAGUCUGCGCAAGAAAUGAGCUCUUUGUGGGGUGUUGAGGGACGCGGCCGUGCAAGUCGAAGCAAGAGCAAGAAGAUCAUUGAAAGCGAUGCCAGUGACGCUGAGAAUAAUGACGGCAACGACGAUGAUGACGACGAGGAUAACUCAUAUGCCGCGAGACGUAAGAGAGUGAGGGCGGAUUUGGCAUUCUUGGGAGAUGACGAUGAAUCUGAUUGA